CGCCGUGACACGCCACGUCGUGGUGCGCUGGCGGCCUCCGUUCCCGCGGCCGGUACCGUGGCGAUUUCGGUACCAGAAAUAAAUUAUUACUAUUAUCUUGCUGUAAGAGGUGUGAACAUAUCUCUCAGUAGCUUUGUGGAUGAGAGACAGAAAAACCUGAUGGUGCCAUUUGGCACCUGCGCUCUGGAGAAAGACUUUAUUGCAUUACAGUGUUACUGCCAUCUGUGUACAAAAGACAACUUUACCUGUGUGACAGAUGGGCUGUGUUUUACCUCAGUAACACGAACUGCAGACAAACUGAUACACAAUAGUAUGUGUAUAGCAGAAAUUGAUCUCAUUCCGCGAGACAGGCCGUUUGUCUGUGCCCCCUCCUCAAGAGAUGGAGUCAUUACUGUGCCUCAUUGCUGUGACAGAGACCACUGCAAUAAAAUAGAACUUCCAAUUCCAACGCCAGGCCCUACUCCAGGAAAACCAGCUUCUAAUCUAGGACCUGUGGAACUGGCGGCUGUCAUUGCUGGACCUGUCUGCUUUGUCUGCAUUUCACUAAUGUUGAUUCUGUAUCUUUGUCAUAAUCGUACUGUAAUUCAUCAUCGUGUGCCAAGUGAAGAAGAUCCCUCCCUGGAUCGUCCCUUUAUAUCGGAAGGAACUACUUUAAAGGAUUUAAUUUAUGAUAUGACAACUUCAGGCUCUGGAUCAGGUUUACCUUUACUUGUGCAACGAACAAUUGCAAGAACUAUAGUACUUCAAGAAAGCAUUGGUAAGGGUCGCUUUGGAGAAGUCUGGCGAGGGAAGUGGAGAGGAGAAGAAGUUGCUGUGAAGAUCUUCUCUUCAAGAGAGGAACGCUCAUGGUUUCGUGAAGCAGAAAUUUAUCAAACAGUUAUGCUACGGCAUGAAAACAUUCUUGGAUUCAUAGCUGCAGACAACAAAG